CCUCUCUUGAACUUCGGAUUCUCUUCCUCCUCAGUUUGAUCUUCGCCACUUGUUGCGAACCAUUCCCCCCUUCUUCUGCCUUUGGAUAGGCCAUCGAAACUGAUUCUUAUACCUCCAUACAUACCGGAAACCACAAAUUUACCUAUACCUUAUAGACCAACCAUGCCCCCAAUCGUUCACUGCGUCCGCCACGCCCAGGGCGUCCAUAACCUCUGCACCGCCAACCACGUCAUCCACGAUCCCCUCCUCACCGACCUGGGCAACGAACAAUGCAGCACUCUCCGCGAUACCUUUCCUCGCCACCAACACAUUGACCUGGUGACCGCCUCUCCCCUCCGCCGCACCAUCUAUACCGCCCUCCAGAGCUUCGAGCCCGUCUUCAAGGCCCGCCCCGGUCUCGAAGUGAUUGCUCUCCCGGAUGCCCAAGAGACCAGCGAUGUGGCGUGCGACACGGGCAGUGACCCGGACGUUCUGCGCAAGGAGAUAAAAGAGAAGCACCUACCCGUUGACUUGAGCUUGGUCUACGAAGGUUGGAAUGUGAAGUCCGGUCGGUUUGCCCCCACCAACAAGGCGAUCAAGGAUAGAGCCCGUGCGGCGAGACGGUGGUUGAAGGGCAGACCGGAGAAGGAGAUUGUUCUGGUCACGCAUGGCGGGUUCUUGCACUAUUUCACGGAGGACUGGGAGAAUAGCAGUCAGUUCCAGGGAACGGGCUGGUCGAAUACGGAGUACCGCACGUACGUGUUCUCGGAGGAGGAGGACAGGGAUGAUCUCGAGGGAUAUCCGCUGGACGGGGACAAUGCAACCUUGAUCGAGACCCUGGAGUCGCGGCAGCGACGUGGGAAGUCGGGCCCGAUGCCGAACCGGGAGCAGCAGAAGACGCUGUAUAAGAUCGGUACGCAGGGCUGGGAUGACCAGGGGUUGCAGCUGAGUACGGCGGAGCGUGAGUCUGCCAGAGUGCCUGAGGGCAAGGAAAUAGAUGGGGUUCGCGCUUAGAUUGAGAUUGCCUUGGCUUUACACUUAGAGAGAGGUUUUCUUGAAAGAUCGUUGAUAUAGUAGAUAAUGCAUGAAAGAAAGACUACAUAGCCGCAAAGAUUCCC